UUAAGUUUUCAUUCCUUUCAUUCCAGUCCAGCUACUACACAAGUUGAGCAUCAAAUCAACCGAGAACUCCAUUAAGCUGCUGAAGGUGAUCAAGAAUCCAGUAACUGAUUAUCUACCAGCUGGAAGCAAAAAGAUUGGUACCUCAUACCAGGCAAAGGAGUUGGUUCGACCUCGUGACCUCAUAACUCCAGGCAUGGAGGAGCCUGUUGUCUAUGUUGUUGGGGCAAUGGCUCAUGGAAAGGUGAACGUGGAUUAUACUGAGAAGGAAGUGGCCAUCAGUGAGUAUCCCUUAUCAGCUGCCCUCACAUGCACAAAGCUGUUGAAUGCUUUUGAAGAUGCUUGGGGUAUCAUGUGAGGCUGACUUUCAUAUUGUUGAUGUUUGAGGUUGGUAAACUUGACUUUUACUGAAUACACUCUUCACCUAUGCUGGGG